GGGCGGGGCGCCGCCCGCCCGCACUUCCGCGGCGGCGGCGGGCGAGAUUUGAACCGUUAUGUUUUAAGGAGAAGAGAAACUUGACAUGGGGAAAAACACCAUGAGACUUCUCUGUGCUUCACUUUCUCUUGCCAUGAUAUGCUGGCUAGCUGAAGGUACCCUGUCAAAAACAGAUGCAAAGAAAGGUGCUACAAAAAAACUGGAGGAAAAGAAGCUGCAUUCUGAUAAAAAUGUUCAGGACCGGGGAUUGGUAGUUGCAGAUCCAAAAGCAAAGGAUAUUAUAUUGGAACAUAGAAGUUAUUGCUCCAAGAAGGUGAAGGAACGACAUUUCUCAGGAGAUGUUCUGGGAUAUAUUACUCCUUGGAACAACCAUGGCUAUGACAUUGCUAAAGUAUUUGGAAACAAAUUUACUCUAAUCUCACCGGUUUGGUUACAAGUGAAAAGGAGAGGGAAGGAAAGGUUCCAGUUCACUGGGCUCCAUGAUGCUGAUCAAGGCUGGAUGAAGGAUGUGAGAAAAACCUCCAAAAACAUCAAAAUAGUGCCUCGAAUUUUGUUUGAUGGCUGGACUUACCAAGACUUUGAGAGUGUUUUUGGCAGUGAAGAUGAGAUAGAGGAGCUUUCCAAGAACAUGGUUCUGCUAGCCAAGAACGAAAAUUUUGAUGGUUUUGUAGUUGAAGUUUGGAGUCAGCUGGGAAAUCAAAAGCAAACGGAGUUGAUUCACUUGCUCACUCACCUUUCUGAAGCUCUGCAUGAAGCACAACUUAAACUCAUACUGGUCAUCCCUCCUGCAGUUGCAGCAGGGACCAACCAGCCAGGAAUGUUCACAAAGAAAGAAUUUGAUCAGUUGGCCUCAGCAAUAGACAGCUUCAGUCUCAUGACAUACGACUAUUCAGCACCACAUCGACCUGGUCCAAAUUCCCCCCUUCCCUGGGUACGAGCUUGUAUUGAAGUACUGGAUCCUGAUUCAAAAUGGAGGAAUAAAAUACUUUUAGGACUGAAUUUCUAUGGCAUGGACUACUCUGCUUUGGGAACCUCUGGGGAGCCGAUCCUUGGCAGCAGGUACAUUGAAACCCUGAAGGAACACAAGCCAAAAAUUGUCUGGGAUGAACAAAUUGCUGAACACUACUUUGAAUACAAAAAAAAUAAGGGAGGAAAACAUGCAGUCUUCUACCCGACACUGAAGUCCAUCCAGUUGCGCUUGGAGCUUGCAAAAGAAUUGGGCACUGGAAUAUCCAUCUGGGAACUGGGACAAGGCCUGGACUAUUUUUAUGACCUGCUUUAAAACGAGAGAUGCUCUGAGAAAGACUUUAUUUCCUUCACUGAGGCUCCACCUUCAAUUAAUCUGGAUAUCCUGGAGAGGUGAUUUUUAAAACAUUUUUUGUAAUUUAUAUCAUACCUGUAUUAAACUUGCAGUUUUUUCCCAAUAAAGAAUUUUUUUUUGAUUUGCCACACAGACAUGAUUGUUGGUAUCUGAUAAAAUUCAGAGUAAAAAACCACAGAAAUUUCUCUUAAAGCACCUGAAUUCCGAGUCAUUGAAAACAGACCAAUAUAGCUGGAUGGAGUCAGAGUUGAUAAUAUUUUCUGAAAUGUUUUCUACAAGAAGAAAAAUGGGAAAGUUGAUGCCGUCUGAUCAGAGUUUAAGAUGGAGACUUCUCAAAGAGCUGCUGGUAAUAACCAAACAGGGACUGGCUGAGUGAUCUGCCUCACCUUCCUCAAACGUUAGAGUGGAUGGAGUAGAAGAUCAUGGGAUUUCAACAGUUUCCUCCAGUAUGUAAAGUCUACACGUUAUGGUUAUCUCUGUUGCUCAUCCUACUCCAAAAGGACCUGCAGAGAGAUAGACUUAGCAAGAUGAAACCCAAACCCUCGUGUUCCACAAUGAUCCCUGGUGCAUUUUUGAGCAUUUUCUGUCUUGGAGCCUAGAAGUAUGAAAUAUUUUGGCAGGCUGUGCUCUUUCCUCGGCACAAUAUAUUUGUCAAAACUGAGGUGACUUUUCUGAUGGCUUUCCCUAGUGCUUUUUAGCAGAGCACUGAAAGUUAUUGAGUGAGUUUUGCAGAUGGCAACAUGGAUAUUGUAAAUACUUGUUGCCUUCUCAGGGCAACCCCAAAAUAAUGAAAGGCUUAUUUGCUUAUUGUGAAGCAUUCUGCAGUGCAGGUGUCAGGCACGUAAAUGUGGGCAGUUUCUUCAUGGUGAUGGGGAUAUGUUA